AUAAAUGUGUAGAAGAAUUAGAUGACAGAUGCAGCGCGGAUAAAAUUAAACAACAUUGAAACAACUUGGUGACAAUCUACAAAAGAAAGCAUAUGAAGCAAGAAGCGUCAAAAUCUAGUGGAUCUGGAACAAGGAAUGUGUAUGUUUUUAGUUGGGAGUAUUUCAACAACAUGACCUUUAUUACAGCAAUAUGUACGGUCGACAAGUUGUUCAAGCGUUACUGCAACGAAAGACGUUGCUACAACGCUUGUGGGUGAGUUGCUUGAGAAUGGCAGCUUAAAACUCUGCCGAAUAUGAGCAUAUUUGUUCACAAUGCUCAUAAAACUUUCAUUUGGGAAGACUUGAUUUAAAUAUUUUUAUUUCUAAGAUGUCGGAUAAGGAUGCUGCAUCGGAAAAAUUAUUAGGUGAAGAAGAAGCCACAAAUCCAUCUGUUGACAAUGAUAACGAAGACCCGGAAAAUAGAGAAAAUCCUGAAAACAAAAGCACUGAAAAUGUGGCAGAUGCCAGUCCACCUAGUUAUGACAGUCUCUUUGGGAAGUACCGUCGAUUACAUGAUGAUUGCCCUGGAAGAGCUGAAUUCAUCAAAACUGUCGUGGAGUCGUUUGUUACAAGUGCUGCUUUUCUUAUCUGCUUUGGCUUGAUGAUGAUACUUCCAAUAUCUUCCAUUGUUUUAGGUGUUAUUCAUCGUCACCACUGUCCAAUUGAUGUUAACAUUCCCAUAUAUCUGAUCGUGUCCGGAACAGUUGGUCUUGUUGUCCACAUUUUGGAACUAUUUACAAAAAUAAAAAAUAAAGACACAUCGUCAAAUGUGUCGUCACCUGUACGAAUGCUACGUGGUUGUCUGCAAUGCUUUCUUUUUGGAUGGUUUAUUGGUGGCAACGUGUGGGUAUAUUCCGCAUAUAAACCAGAAUAUGUGGAUCAAACUAGUGACAGAUAUUGCCAUGUCGUUUUAUACCUGUUCGCAUUUUGGACAACUACAGCUGUAUGGAUUGCACUUUGUUGCGUAUGUUGCUGCUUGUGUUUUUGUUUGUGUUGCACAAUGAUGUUUGAUCGAGAAUUGUAAACUUUUUACCUAGGAGUUAAUCAACUUUGCUACUUUUUUACACGUAUCAUAACAGGGUGGCAAAAACAUUGUCAAAAAUAAUUAACUUUGAUC